AUAAUUUAGAUGUUAGCAGCCUAACUACAAGUACAAGUGCUAGCGGUAACAACCAUGGGACACAAUCUCCUUUUACUUCUGAUGUUCAAUAUCUGUUCAAUACGAUGUGACCCUGGUCAUGUCUUAUUACCAACGUUAACAUUGUCUGUUGGUAACGGGAACUUCGACUCCACUCACACCGAAGACCUUGCAACUGAUGGGAACCAUGAUACGUAUGCUUUAGCAAAUCCAUACAGUUCUGGUGGCGCUGUGACUAUAACGUGCAAGUUCCAGAAAAAAUACCGCGUUAAGUCGGUAAAAACUUGGGUCACAACUGAUAUGAGAAGUGUCAGAGGCAAGCUCUUUGAUGGUACUCAAGACAAAAGGACCCUUUCCUCCCUAGAUGGCAAUAAUAAUCAGCCUCGAACAGAAAACAUGGAUGACGAUGGAGAUAGGAUCAUAUUCGAGAGGCAAGGAGAGAUUCAGCUGAGAGAAGUUGAAGUCAGAAUAAAGGACAACAGGAACUUUCGAGACUGCAGUACAAUCACAAUAGCGGAAAUACUACAUGCAACAACUACAUCCAUCGGACCUGUAACAUCAGGAACAGAGAUAACCUUCAGAUGUUUAUUCGGCGGAUCAAUUAGAACAACCACGUGUUUUGACGGGGAUAUCGGCCCUGUCAUAUGCCCUCAAGUCAGUGUCGAUUCAUGCGCUUUACCAACAUCGAUAGAGCACGGUUCAACGACCGCCACUGGAUAUAAAAUUGCAUCAGGACAAACAAUUGAGUUAACAUGUGAUGCUACUGCAGGGGAGACAAAAGAUAUCACAUGUAAUAUUGGAACCUGGACUCCAGAGUUAAUAUGUCCUGUUAUCUAUAUAUGGAAUGACUGGGGAGCCUGGUCAGUGUGUUCAGAUGAUUGCGGAGGGACUAAGGAAAGAUCCAGAACCUGCACGGACCCUUCUAAUGAAAGAUGUGACGGAGAUGCCACUGAGUCUCAGGCUUGUAACCUCCACGCUUGUAAAAAAGUUGACGGUAGUUGGAGUGACUGGGAAGACUGGUCAGGAUGUAGAGAUGAUUGUGGAGGGACUAGGGAAAGAACCAGAACCUGCACAGCCCCUUCUAAUGGUGGAGCUCAAUGUGUUGGAGAUGCCACUGAGUCUGAGGCUUGUGAUGUCCACGCUUGUAAAGCAUGCACUAUACCAGAAGCGCCAGUGGAGAACCGUGUGUUGGAUCCCUCGUCCGGAGGAAAGCAUUCAUCAGCCGCAAUAAAGAUUUCAUGUUUCGGAAAACCUGCUAUUUACAGUUACUGUAGAGAUGGGGUGUGGGAUCCGGAGUUAGUCUGCCCAGGAUGGAGUGAUUAUGGAGAAUGGUCAGGGUGUUCAGCUACUUGUGGAACAGGGACAAGAGCUAGAAUCAGAAUCUGCACAAACCCAGCUCCUGUUCACAUUGGACUUGACUGCCCGGAGGCAGGAAACACGGAGUCGGAAGAUUGUAACCAACAAGAUUGUCCAGUUGACGGUGGUUGGAGUGUCUGGGGAGCCUGGUCAACCUGUUCAGCUGAUUGCGGAGGAGGAAGUAGGUCGAGGACUAGAACCUGCACCAACCCAGUAACUUCUCAUGGUGGAGCUGAGUGUGUAGGAGAAAACACGGAGUCGGAAGAUUGUAACCAACAAGAUUGUCCAGCGAGAGAAAGACUUGCUGGUGAGAUAGUCCCAGUCAGAGCUGAACAGUCCCGCACUAAGGAUGAUAACGAGCAACAGAACGGUGCUGUCCGCGCUAUAGACCUGGACAAGACGACCUGGUCUAAAAACCAAGCUGAUAACGGUGCCUCCUGGUUUGAGUUAACUUUGGAUAAGGUGCACUGUGUUGAGCAGGUUGUAUGGUCCAGAUAUAACCUUGAUCCUUAUGAAGAGGAGAUCCACGCUACCUGGACCUGCUCUCAGACUGACUGCUCAGUAUGUAACGGUGGAAAGUGUAGCGGCUACUCUCUGACAGUUUACAGCGGGGAAGCAGCACUAGACAACCUACCUUCUAUCACCGACUGUAAAUACGGAGAUAAAGUCAAGGUAGAAAGUAAUAACGGAGCGUUUAGUAUUACGGAGAUAGCAGUAACAGAGAAACAAGGUGAAUGUGCUCCAGGAACUGCUAAAACCACCCCAGAAACAGCCUGUGAAGCGUGCCCCCUGAACACUUUGUCCCUGGGAGGACAUGGACCCUGUGUCCCCUGCCCUGAGGGACAAUAUACUCAAACUACUGGACAGUCUACUGCCUGUAUGUUAUGUGCAGCAGGAACAUACAAAACCAUUGCAAUGUCCACAUGUGCCACAUGCCCCAAUAACUCCAGCAGUAAAGAAGGAGCAGUUACAUGUGAUUGUGAGCUGGGGAUUGCUCUGAUGCGUGUCGGGGUGUGUGUUGGUGAGUAACGAAACGAAAGUAACGAGUAUACAUUCAGUAACAAAAUGUAUACUCUUCACUCUGUUACAAUUAACUAGGAUAAGGAAGUGGAUAAGGAAAAUUUAUGAUGAAUUAGUUUCAACCGAUAAAUUUACUUGUUUGUAAACUUAACUAUAAUUAGUUAUUUCAUUCGAUUAUUUAAGAUGUUUUAUUGAUCAAUUGAAUUACAAUAGUCUGGGGAAGACUAUUGUAAUUCAAUAGAUUAAAACUGUGCUAUUUGAAUUUUUAACAAAAUUACCCAUUUUCAAUUCAGGAUGACUUACAUUACUGAUCUAUGAAGGUGCAAAGUGUUAGUCUGAUUUAUUAUGGGUACAACUGAUAAAUGGGACACGCAAGUUUCACUGAAAUUCAAAAUUCAAAACAAUAUUUCAAGGAUUUGACAUUGCAUUUACAUAACAUUCAAAAAUUCAUAUAGCAUUAACAUAACAUUUUUAAAAAGUCAUUAUAUGAGAAUAUAGAUGUUCAUUCAUAUUUGUUCGAUUGAAGUUAACACAUACAAUAA